CUCUCACCUCUCAUAUUUAGGUUUAUGGUUGAAUCCAGUUUUAGCAAGUUCAUCUAUUGAUUUCUUUUUUAAAAAAAAAAAAGUAUAUAUGUGGCUCCCUAUAAAAGAUGUUGCUUAAAAUAUGUAUAUGCAAGGGUUGUAAUUUUAGACUAGACUAGUUCCAGCGCAUAGUUCACUAAAUCUCUGAGGAUAUAAAGUGGAGAGCUAUUUAAAAAGUGCAGAGAGAUAGAUUUAGGAGUCCUCAAAAUACGUAAUUUAGGAUCUUAGUGCUCUUUUAGACUUCAGUUAUUCAUUUCAAGACACAUCAUAAAUGCUUCUGUAACUAGCACACUUUAAGGUCAUUUGAAGUCAAGUUCCGAUAAAUGGACAUAUUUGAUAAAUAGUUUUGCUUUGGAUUGGUUGCCAAGGCUUCCUAUUGUUCUUGAUUUUUCUCUCAGGUUGUGCAACGACGAGUAUUUCCCAAGUAAACACCUGUUAGGAUUGUUAAUGUGUACUGAUUAACUCUGAAAGCGCUGCUGCUAAUAAGUGUUACGAUUAUUGUAUACUAGUAUAUAAGCAGACAAUCAGCCUUGUGGGGCUAUCCAGCAAGGUGACAGAUCUCCUAAGCCUCCGUGCGUAUGAGCAAGCAAAGUUCUCCUUGUCCCUCUGGCUUCCAUUGGCUCAGCUGCUCAGGUGUCAUCGAGGAGCAGGGCAAUAUAUGCGGGAUGAUCCUGGUCUACUUUUUGUAAAAGCAUUUCUUUUAAAAACAGAUGGACCUCUUGGCCCUCGAGGAUUAGCUGAAGCUACUGAGAUGUGCACUCAAGAAUGCCUGGUCCUGGGUCACUCAGACAACUGUUGGAUGCCUCCCUCUUUGGGUUCGUACCAGCAGCCAAAGUCUCCACUCUCCACCUUUGCACCUCAGAAGGAAUGGGUUAAGAAAGACAAACUGGUGAAUGGCCACACGUUGACCAGAACCUGGAAAGAAGACAGCAACAGAAACCAGUUCAGUGAACGAAAGCAGUUUGGCUCGGGGGAAGGCCAUUUCAACCCUGGCAAUCCCAUGGCUGACAUUCCUUUGGCUAACUUGAAAUCCUAUAAACAAGCAUCAGGACCAGUGGAGAGUCCGAAGGAGAACCAGCUAUAA